AUGUCGUCUCUCUACAGCCCACUAUCUGAUCUUCCAAAAGACCACAUCUUACACACCUUCACCACUAUAAAAGCCCUCGAGAAAACAGCCGAGAACAUCCUCGACAAACUCGACAGAAAUGAAAACCAAGGAAACCAAUAUCUCGUUGUUCUUGGCCUGACAAAGCCUGCAUAUGCUCGCUUAGCAGGCGACGAUCCUCGCCUUGGAAGCAUCCCAUAUCGAAUUACGUUGGAUGGCUCUAUUGGGAUCACCAAACUCAUCCCCUCAUGGUCUCAUCAAGCUGUUACCAGUGAUCUCCAACAACAGAUCCAGAGAAUAAUAACCACCAUAGGUGUCCCAUUUAGCGACUACGCAUAG